CAAGUGAACAUACACUGUUCGCCUCUCGUCACGCUUGGUUUUGCGGCCUUUGCCCUCUGUGACCUAACUCAGGCAUCCUUGUUCCCAUCUUCGGGAAUCGAAGGUAAACCUACAACCAUCAAUGAUUUUGGCGGCUGUAUCAAUAUUUUCGAAAAUGAUGAUGCGCAAGUGAUCCUACGGCCUCGCAUCUGCUCACAUUCUAAUUCAAACGUCGAACGCGAGUUCUUCGAGUCUGAGGAUUGUGAGCAUCCGCUGGAAAGUCUAAAGGGGAGAACGACAAAUUCAUCACGAGCAACAUUCAAUCCGUCUUUUGUCUCGAGGUCUCGGAGGAUGAAGUUUAGUAUGACCAUGAGGUAG